CAACGCAGGAGUUCGCGCGCGGCUGCCAUUGGCUCCGGCCGAGGGUGGGGUCGGGCGGCGCCUCUCCCGGAGGCUGAACCGCCGGCGGUUGCAUCACUUGCUUGCGCAGGCCUCCUACACUGCGCGGCUGUCAGAAGGAAGGGAAAGGAAGGAAGGAAGGACAGAGGCUCGAUCGCAGCAGCCAACGCCAUUGGGCCCGGGAGCCGAAAGGAGGCGGGUCGCCGAGCUCUACUCGUAGGGCAGAAGAGCCGCGGGUGAAGGGCUGCGCCUUUCGCCGGUCGAGGAAAGAGCUGGAAGAUUUGUCAGGGACCUUCAUCAGUCUAACAGCCGUCGCUCCGCCGGGAGGGGAGGGGGAAAGAAAAAAGCCGAAGGGUCCCAACGGGAGAGGCUGCGCCUGCCGCGUAAUUACGCAUCGCUUCGCCAAGAGAGGCGCUUAGUGCCAGGUCUCCUUCCCACUGUCUUGUUCCUCAUCACCAUCUCUGGCAUUGAGUGAUGUCCACGGCUGCCUUAAUCAGUCUGGUUCGGAAUAGAGGCCACCAGCUGCAGAGAGCCCUGCUUACAUCUUGUACAAUUCUCAGCCCCAAGUGCCAAAUUUCCACCAACGACUGGAAGGCUUCGCGUUUCGAUCUGGAUGGGAGCGGCUGCCCCGCCACCUGGGAUUCCUUUGGGAUUUGGGACAACCGCCUGGAGGAACCCAUCUUGCUCCCACCCAGCAUCAAGUAUGGGAAGCUGAUUCCCAAGGUCAGCCUGUCCAACGUGGGCUGUGCCACCCAUAUUGGAAAACGGAAGGAAAACGAGGACCGUUUCGAUUACGCCCAGCUGACGGAGGAGGUCCUGUAUUUUGCCAUUUUCGAUGGGCACGGCGGGGUGGCAGCAGCUGAUUUCUGCAACAAGUACAUGCGGAAAUAUAUUCAAGAAUUUCUCUCUGAGGAACGCAACAUGGAAUUAGUAUUGAUUAAAGCUUUUCUAGAAAUAGACAAAGCAUACAUGAGACAUGCCCACUUAUCUGCAGAUGCUACCUUGCUGAACACUGGGACCACAGCAACGGUGGCUCUGCUGCGAGAUGGCAUUGAGCUGGUGGUAGCCAGUGUGGGCGAUAGCCGUGCGCUGUUGUGCCGCAAAGGAAAAGCCGAGAAACUGACCAUUGACCAUACUCCAGAACGGAAGGAUGAGAAGGAAAGAAUCAGGAAAUGUGGUGGUUUCAUCGCCUGGAACAGUUUGGGGCAACCCCAUGUGAACGGCAGACUUGCAAUGACCCGUAGUAUUGGAGAUUUGGAUCUUAAGAAAUGUGGUGUGAUUGCAGAACCUGAAACCAAACGGGUGCAGUUGCACCAUACAAGCGACAGCUUCUUGGUCCUGACCACAGACGGCAUCAACUUUAUGGUAAACAGCCAAGAGAUUUGUGAUUUUGUUAACCAGUGCCAUGAUCCAACUGAAGCAGCUCACAUCAUUACUGAGCAGGCUAUGCAGUACGGGGCAGAAGAUAACAGCACUGCUAUUGUGGUGCCAUUUGGAGCAUGGGGCAAAUACAAAAACUCCGAGAUCAAUUUUUCCUUCAGCCGGGGUUUUGGUUCAAGUGGACGGUGGGCAUGAGCAUCUUCUGCACCAAGCUGCUGAACGUUUAAAGAUGUAGAUUGCAAAAAGGUGAUACAUAGAUUUUUUUAAAAAACAACAACCUCCAUCUCUUCUAGCAACAGGCCCCUUUCUGCUUGGGUAGCAAACUGCUGUUAACUUGAUGUCACCUCUUAACAAAUGUCUUUGUUACUAGCUUCUCUCAAACCAAGCAUUCUCACACCUUCGGUCCUUCCUCGUGGACUUCUGCAGGGGCAAGAAAGAUGCUGAUAUUUUUGUGGCUGACUGUCAUUGUGGUAUCACCUGUUUCUCCUGAUGUUCUUGAGAUGUUUUAGAGAAAUGAAGGAAUGUGGCAGACUGCACAGCACUGCAGUUGAUGAACCAAAGGCCAAGGCCAAGAAAAAUAGCAUUUUAUCUCCUUCGUUGUUCCAUCCUGUGUAAAAGGAAAUUCAAAGACUACUCGAAGGGUGGAGAGUUGGAGAGGUGGGUUUAAUUGCUAGUUCACCAUCACAGUCAGAUUGGGGUUAGAAUAGUUCAACUCUAAAAAGCAGCACUUAGGUCUUAGGACUGCUAAGCCUCAGGAUUGUGAAGUCCAAAGGCAGUGAUAUAACUGUACUUCCUGGACUGAUGUCCCCUUUCUUUGAAAAGCAGAGAGAGAGAGAGAGAGAGUUGUACACUUGGUUAAAUAUCUGCAUUUUGUCUAAUGUAGGACUCGAGAUGCACUAUAGCUUUUGAAACAGUACUAACCACGAUAUGCUGUGUUAGUAUGCGUUCUAAAAAAUAUCAAAUGAAUUCUGGUUUUUUUUUUCUUUCUUUAAAGGGGCCAGAGCUCAAACCGCUCCUUUUUAAAAAAAUGUUCCACAUCGACUAUUGUUAAAUUCCUUUUCUAAGCAUUAAUGAACAGCUUUUAAUGCAAUUAAUUUUGGGGAUGAGAUUAUUUUGGUUUGUUUCACAGUUGAGAAAGAAGAUGAGCUAAACCCACUCAGUUUUCUAGGUUCUGGAUAUUUUGAAAGAACAAAGUCUAAAAAAAGUCUGCUUAGAAUCGUCCCCAACUUUUAUCUAAAGUAAAAAUUGGAGGGAAUUGAAAGUUUCAGAGAAGCUAACCAAUAUAGUUUCAAAAUAUUUGAUCCUUUCACAUUUUUAAAUCCAGCUGUGAAAGAGAACCAAAUUCAUGUGUUUAGUGGUGGGAUUCAGCUGGUGUAACAACCGGUUCGCUGAGUGCUUUUGAAAACAGCACUAAAACUUAACUUCUACUGCAGCCCUGGUAAGUAAAACGGCUAAAGUGCAGCAAUCCAUUCUGCUGCGCAUAUCAGCUGAGUUUCAAACAAAGGAAAUGUAGGUCGUUAUAGCGCAGGGGUGGGCAGGUGGGCCCAGCUGAUCGUUGGAGCUAACAGUUCACCUGAAACGGUCUGACCCAGCUGAAUCCCACCCAUGCAUGUGUUUCUCAGCAAGACUACAAUAAUUGAAGUAAAAGCAAGAUUAAUUUCAUGGCCCAGGUGUCUUUCAAUUCCCCAGGGCAGCAUUCUCCCAACUUUCUGCCCUUUAGAUGCUGGGCGCUGAUUAUACCCAUCUGAUUGGGAAUUUCAGGUGUUUUAUUAUCCACCUUGAGAACAUCAGGUGGAAAAGAGAGCAGAAGUACUGGUGUUAAAAUCUAUAUUUCUAAAUCUGAAAUUGUUUGUCUCAACGGUGAGAUCUCAUGACAGUGCCGAAAUAUCACGCAUUCUUUGCCGAGUAAGAGAACUGCAGCCUCAUGAGAUUUGAUGAUCUUAGAAGUUUCCAACCUUUGGGCUGGAAAAACCCAAUGACUCUUCAAAACACCCCUAAUUUAGGCCAGUGCCACCUACAUACGUUGUGAGAGUUAUAUUACUGGUGGAUACUGAAUUUCCAGUCCCUAUUAAUACAUUUGUGUGCACAAGGUGUGAGAAAGCAGGAGGCCUCCUAAGUCAUAGAUAUCCUUGGGAGAGCAAAUGAGGAAACCUUUGCCAUUACUUCAUUGGACGAAUGUGAUUGGCAGCAAUCCGGGGACAGAUACAAAUUACAUAACCUUGUUGUAGAAUGGUGUCAUGAUGCACUUCAUAAAGUUGUGACUUCUGGUGGAUGCCUAGGGCUACAAUAUAAACAUUGGGAGCAUUUCCUUGGGACUAAAAGGGAAAUAAAUGUUAAAUAUAUAAUGCAAUAUUCGCCUUCCCCUGCAUAGAGUUACUUCAAAUCUAGGAAUAAUAGCGCUGAGCCAUUUAGUCGAACCCUGGUCACAAUGUGAACAAUGGACUUUACACAACUGCACAUCUAAGCCUGUAGCACCGAAAACCCACUUUGGUGUCAAUCAUUCCGAUGCUGCCUCUACAUCUGCCUGUUCAUAACGCAUCCUUUGAACUUGGGAAAAACUUUGCAGGCAGCGCCCUGGUGUUGUUCUGUUUUUGUCUGCUGUAAAUUUUUAUUUGUAUUCUAUACGCACAAUUUCUAUAAUAUGAUUAUAUAGAAUUUUAACAGUUACGUUUACUUUAUCAGUUGCUAUCAUUUAAGACACUAAAGUAAUGUAUAUUGAUGUUAAAAACAUUUUGUUCUUCCUGGGUUGUUAUUUUUUUAAAAAAGGGCGUUUGUUUUGUUCUUGUUUGCUACAAUAAAAACACCAUCUCUUCCGUGGGCUGAAACAGGCAUGCAAUCAGAAUUAUCAUCAUUAUAUAAUAUAAAAUAUAUGACGCAAAUAAAAUGUACUUCCAGGUAAAGAAGCCGUUUUGGCCACGAUUCAGCUUCUUUCUCUUAGGAAAAAAACAACACUCAACAGCAGCAGCUCAUAAAAGAAAAGGAAGCUAAUAAUUACCGAAUGCAGGGAAAGCAAAUUGUUUUUCCUUCAUUAUAGCCAUAUCCUCACAAAGCACAGGCCAUUUUCAGAAAAAUGGAAUUUUCCUCUGGCGCACAAUAGGGAGGAGUUAAAUUCUCUCCCAGUUCCUGCUCUAAUCUUAGUUAUCUUAUCUUAGAUAUCCCUUCCUUCAGCUGACAUUGCUGGCAUAUUUUUUUUUAAAAGUUACAGCAAUAAACACAAGGACAUGCAGAUUAUCUCCUUUGGCACUCAUAAAUCUAGAAAUAAAGGGAAUCUCAAAUCAGGAAAUUCAUAAAUCUAAUCUUAAUAUAUAUACUGUAUAUUUUAAAGGCACAAUAUAUUAAAAGUAGAUGUGUAUAGGUCACUGUAUUGUAUAGCGUAAAUCUGAAAUUGUCUGGUUAGGAAAAAAAAAGUAAAAUGUUCAAAGAAAUUAUCUUAGGUUGUGAUUGAAAGCAUCAAGGCACUAAACUAAUUGCAGCCCUUUUUAGCUGGAAGAUGCCUUUGUAACCAGGAGAAACUGGAGGGUGAUUAUAUAGAUAGAACUACCAAUUGUUUGGCUGGCUUACCUGCGUGGCUGGUUUACCUGUGUAGUCAGUGGCUAUCACCAGUUCAUUCAAGGUGUAUUUGGGAUCAGAUGGCCGAGUGAAAGUCACCCUAUGCUUAUAUUCUUCAGUUCCAGCAUAUUUAAGCUGCAUAAGCACACAUUUGGGAAAGGAAAUAGGCAAACCAGCUGGGACUUAGGAAAGGAAGUUUAGAUGUAUUUUGACACACCGUUUAUUGACCCCAAACAAUAAGUAAAUUUUCUCACCACAUUGAAUGUACUGCAGGGAAAGUUUCCCAUGGUUAUGAAGCUGCAGUGAAAGGAAGUAAUGGUUAGGAAAGGAUUACUAUUCCUGAAUACCUAGAAAGGUUUGGCAAACUGGCACAUCAACAUUACUUUAAAAAAAAUAUCUAAAGUAUGCUUCUAUUAAAUCACUGUGCAUUUCUGUUUUAGAAAGCAUGUCAAAAAUGUACACUUGGCAAUCCAAAUUUCCUGGGAGAGGGAUUGAAAUUUAUGGCGUGAAGAUAUGCAUUGGCCUUAGCUGCUGUAUUUCUGUAGGAUGUAAGACGGGAAAUGAUGAUUGUGGUGAAAGUCGCACAAACAUUUAUGAGACUAUACUUAUUUUUUGAGGCUUAUUUAUUCUUUUGUUGGUACGAUGUGCUUCCUUCUGGUUUUAUUUCCAAUGAAGCAAAGUUGCAGUGCAUGUCCCUGUUACAUGUCACCCCCCCCCCCUGGAAGCAAUUUCCAAAGGAGCUGCACAGGCCUUGCAAAAGAUAUGGCUGCUUUAAUGAUGCAAAGCAAAGAACUUUCGUUCAUGCCCUCUUGCAUAACACCGUAUCUCUCGGUUGCUUUUCAUCACAGUUUAUUGUUUGGGUUGAAGACAAGACUGUCCAACAAAUCAGGUAUUGUGAUCAAAUAUGUACAUAUUUUGAAUGAGUGUAAAGAUGACUGGCUUGUUGUUUCAUUUUCACUGGUUUAUUUUACAACUGUCAUGGAGCAAAUGGAAGACUGAAAAGCAUUUGAAAUAAAGAGCUAUCUCCCUA